UCAAAUUCGAGCAAAACAAAAUUCCGCUUCUUGAAUUAAAAACAGUUGCAAUUUAUCUAAUUUCAGCAAAAGAAAAACUUUUUCAUUACUUAAAUACAACAUGAAGUUAACGGUGGAUGGUCUGCUUGUAUAUUUUCCCUACGAUUAUAUUUAUCCAGAACAAUACGCCUAUAUGCUGGAAUUGAAGAGAGCUCUUGAUGCUAAAGGUCAUGGGCUGCUGGAGAUGCCCUCAGGGACUGGAAAGACCAUAUCAUUGCUCUCCCUUAUUGUGGCUUACAUGAUACAGAACCCACACCAUGUUAGGAAACUGAUCUAUUGUUCUCGCACAGUACCUGAGAUAGAAAAAGUGUUAGAAGAGUUGAAGAAUCUGAUCAAGUACUAUGAGAAAAGCCACGGGGAGAAGCCUAGUCUCACAGGAGUUGUGCUCAGUUCAAGGAAAAAUCUAUGCAUUCACCCAGAGGUGUCCCGGGAAAGGGAGGGCAAGUUGGUGGAUGGCAAAUGUCACUCACUGACAGCCAGCUACAUCCGAGAGAGGCAUGAGAGGGACAGCUCUGUGCCUGUUUGUCAGUUCUACGAGGGCUUCAACCGUGAGGGCAAAGAGUCCAUGCUGCCUUAUGGUGUAUACACCAUGGAUGACCUCAAACAGUACGGCGCUGAUAGAAACUGGUGCCCUUACUUCUUGUCUAGAUUUGCUAUAAUUCACGCAGAAAUAGUGGUAUACUCGUACCACUACCUGCUAGACCCGAAGAUCGCAGAAGUGGUAUCGAAAGAGCUAAACAAAGAGGCUGUGGUGGUUUUCGACGAGGCGCAUAACAUAGACAAUGUUUGCAUAGACUCGCUCAGCGUUAAACUCACUAGACGGACCAUAGAUAAGAGCACACAGGCGCUACAGACUUUAGAAAAAGCUGUGACACAGCUAAAACAAGAAGACGCGGAACGGUUAACACUGGAGUACGAGCAAAUGGUGGAAGGUUUACGAGAGGCGGCCGUGGCGCGAGAAACUGACAUGAUACUCGCUAACCCGGUGUUGCCCGACGAAGUGCUCAAUGAGGUGGUUCCAGGCAACAUCAGGAACGCGGAACACUUUCUGGGCUUCUUGAAGCGAUUUAUAGAAUACCUGAAAACUAGGCUAAGAAUACAACAUGUUGUUCAAGAAUCUCCGGCAGGUUUCCUCAAGGACGUGGCGUCCCGCGUGUGCAUAGAACGUAAGCCGCUGCGCUUCUGCUCCAGCCGCCUGCAGUCGCUCAUGCGGACCCUGCAGAUCUCGGACCCCUCCAACUUCGGCGCCCUGACCCUGGUGGCCAACCUGGCGACCCUUGUGUCUUCCUACACCAAGGGCUUCGUCAUCAUCAUCGAGCCUUUUGACGACAGGACACCCACUGUAUCCAACCCUAUCCUGCAUUUUUCAUGUAUGGACUCUUCAAUAGCAAUGCGGCCCGUCUUCGCCAGAUUUCAGUCUGUCAUCAUUACUUCUGGAACCUUAUCGCCACUGGACAUGUACCCCAAGAUCCUGGACUUCAAUCCCGUGAUAAUGAGUUCAUUUACCAUGACUCUAGCCAGGCCCUGUAUAUUGCCAAUGAUAGUAUCGAAGGGCAGCGACCAGGUGACGAUCUCGUCCAAAUACGAGACCCGGGAAGACGUCGCCGUCAUACGGAACUAUGGACAAUUGCUUGUUGAGAUAUCGGCGUGCGUUCCGGACGGCGUGGUGUGUUUCUUCACGUCGUACCUUUAUCUCGAGAGCGUAGUGGGCGCAUGGUACGAUCAAGGAGUGGUAGCGUCUCUACAGAAACACAAAUUACUAUUCAUCGAGACGCAGGACUCUGCUGAGACAAGCUUUGCACUGAUCAAUUAUAUCAAGGCGUGCGAGAGCGGUCGAGGCGCAGUCCUGCUGUCGGUGGCGCGAGGCAAGGUGUCGGAAGGUGUGGACUUUGACCACCACCUGGGUCGGGCGGUUCUCAUGUUCGGCAUCCCCUACGUGUUCACUCAGAGUCGCAUCCUCAAAGCGCGCUUGGAGUAUCUUCGGGACCAGUUCCAGAUACGCGAGAAUGACUUUCUGACGUUCGAUGCGAUGCGCCACGCCGCGCAAUGUGUGGGCCGAGCAUUACGUGGUAAAACCGACUACGGCAUCAUGAUAUUCGCGGACAAGCGCUUCAGUCGCGCUGACAAGCGCAGCAAGCUGCCGCGCUGGAUACAGGAGCAUCUGAGGGACUCCCUCUGCAACCUCAGCACGGAGGAGGCUGUGCAGAUCAGCAAACGUUGGUUACGUCAGAUGGCUCAACCGUUCACUCGCGAGGACCAACUCGGAGUCUCACUGUUGACGCUGGCGCAGUUGCAGUCGCAGGAGCAACAGGACAAAAUUGAGAAACAGGUCAUACAGAAGUGAACCUUACCAACAAGGACUUACGGUGUAUAUUUCAUCGUGGAGAAAGAAGUGAAGAAAUUAAGGUUUAUGUUGAUUGUAAAGUACGCUUACACGGGCAAUGGAAAUCCCUCGAUUCCAGGCAAUUUUGACGUCACGACCGCUUGAAGCAACUUUCUGCAAUACCCAGUAAUACCUGAAAAUUUCAGCAAUGUUAUGCAAAAUAUUUGCACCAGGUUUAUCCAUGUGUUAAGAUUGCCCAUGUAAGCGCACCAUAAAGAAAGGUAAAGAGUUUUGAAGUCCAAUUUUGUGUGUGGAAGGGAAUAAAAGGGACUAAGUUUUUAGGAGAAGUUUUAACAGAUACAGAACUAAAACAACUUAUUGACGAAUGUAAUAUAAACUCUCAUAUUUUUUGAUACAGAUUAAAAUUGUAACAUGACUGUUUUGUAUGAUACAUUAGGUUUUGAAGUUCUCAUAAUUUAAGUAUUGUAAAUAAAAGUACUUGACAUAAUAA